CUCUUGUUUGUUAUUAAUCAUUCAGUGUUGACCUAAGCUGAGAUGGGAAAUACAGUGUCAGUCUGCCUUACAUUGUUUAAUUUGAAUCAUGCUACAAUUCUGGCUCUUCCUACGACGUUGAAUCUUCGCAAAAUUGUGGCUGCGAUAGUUCGAGCAUUUGUUUAAGUGACCCAGUUCGUUAGGCGGUGAUUUUCUUAAUGCUUCCUAAAUCUUAAAAUAGUGUGUUGGGGUUUGGCCUUUUCGUUAUUGUAGCCAGGGAUUUCUAAAUUCGUGUUAUAGAUUUGUUCGGCUUGAUCGCAUCCGGCCAGCUAAUUGCAAUUAAUGGGUCAUGUUGAUAUUUUGAGCUUUAACUAUUCUGCCAAUUAAUAAUCAUCCAUCUCUAAUUACGCACUUGCUGUUUUCAAAUCCUUGUGGAUAUUUGCUUCUGGGUGAUGCAAUUUGUGGGUUGGUGUCCGAGUUUGAUUCGUGCAAUUUCAGGUUUAGUUGCCUGUUUUUCUUUUUUUUUCCCCCCAAAUCCAAUUAGAAAUAUUUAUUUGGCUGUUUGUGUCGUUAUUUGGUUCUUCUCACCCACUACCUCGCGGAAAGUUACGUUUUCUGCUUGAAUUGAUUUUAGAACACCAACAGAUUUGUCAUAGUUGAAAGCGACAUUGUAAUUUUGUACGACUUUUUGUUUGGGUUUUUUAAUGAAUUUUUCAACCAUUUGGCAUUUGUUUUCCAAGUUGAGGUUGUGGAUGAUUUUUUUUUUUCAAAGGCUGACUCUUGCAGUCCUUUGUGUUUGGUGCGAGCGUGAAUCUUCUUUGCAUUUGGCCCAUAGAUAUCUUCUUUUAUAAGGACCCUUCAAUAAUCUCUUUUUAUUUAACAUACUAUCCCCUUGCUACAAAGAAGAGUGCCGUGGCCAAAUAUUUAUUAUUUGCCUGUGUGAUUGCCUUGCAUAAUUAGGACAACCCUCUCUGUUUUGUUGCUUAUUUGAUUGAGGGACAAUGAAAACAAGGAGAGGAAGGCGCCCUGAGCCCUUUUGGCCUUCCCUUGUGAUGAAGAAAUGGCUGAAUAUCAAGCCCAAGGUUUAUGAUUUUAGUGAAGAUGAAGUUGAUACCGAACCUGAGAGUGAAGAUGAUGCAUACUCUCUUAAAGAUGAAAGAGUGCACCCGGCUGACGAUCAUACCUGUAGAAUUCAGGGGAAUCAAUCUGUAUCAGCCAGUCAAACUUCAGGAACACCUUCAAAGGGCUAUGAGUCACGACACAGGAGAGGAAAAUCAGAAACUCUGCGUCUUCAAUACAUUAACAUGAAGGACGUAAGGGUGACAGUUGGCACUUGGAAUGUUGCUGGGAGACUUCCAUAUGACAAUCUUGUGAUUGAUGAAUGGCUUUGCAUAAAGGAACCAGCAGACAUUUACAUUCUUGGCUUCCAAGAGGUGGUCCCCUUAAAUGCUGGAAAUGUACUGGGAGCAGAGACUAGGAGGCCAAUUGUAAUGUGGGAAUCAAUUAUCCGUAGAACAUUGAAUAGAUCUUCAGAACCUGAGACCAAACACAAAUGUUACAGUGCCCCACCCUCUCCUGUAUUAAGGACUUCUUCUGCUUCUGAUAUUCUUGCUGAUGAGAUUGAUGAUCCUGUAUUUGGGAUAUUGGAUGAGGUGGGUUCAGGAACUACUAAUGUUGAUGAUUCCAAAAUACGCGAACUAAAUGGAACUAUUGGUACAGGAAAGAAGCUGCAUUUGAAGAGAUUAUAUGGCAUUGAUUGUGAUAGCAGAUUGGACUGGCCUGAACAAUCAUUGGACACAUCUCAAGUUCUUUCUUCUAGCUUCAAACUACGGAGAGUAUUCAGCAGUUCCGGACGAGUUGGCUCUGAUUGGUUAGAGAAUCCUCCAUGUGCCAGCCCUCAAAAUAUUGCAUCGCAUGGAUUGAAAAGAUCACAUCAUAGCUCGGGAAACCUUGGGUUGAUAUGGAUGGAUCAACAUGAGAAACCUGAUAAUCCUGAUUCUCUCUUUGAUAUCUCUGAUCAAUCUUCUGAAGAGGAAGAGGAUUCCUUUCCAGAAAUAUUAGAAAUGGAACGAGAAAAUUUCCAUUUAAAAAGCAGAGAGAAGUCCCGUCCUAAGUAUGUCCGGAUUGUCAGCAAGCAGAUGGUAGGGAUAUAUGUAUCAAUUUGGGUGCGCAGAAGGUUAAGGAGACGUAUAAAUAAUUUGAAAGUCUCUCCAGUUGGAGUUGGGCUUAUGGGCUACAUGGGCAACAAGGGUUCUAUUUCUAUUAGCAUGACUCUUUAUCAAACUCGGCUUUGCUUUGUCUGUUCUCAUUUGACCUCUGGGCAAAAGGUCGGGGAUGAACAGAAGCGUAACUCUGAUGUGCACGAGAUAUUAAGACGCACUCAUUUCUCAUCUGUCCUUGAUAGUGAUCAUCCACAGACAAUUCCAGCUCAUGACAAGAUAUUCUGGUUUGGGGAUUUGAAUUAUCGUCUCAAUAUGUUGGACACUGAAGUAAGAGAGCUUGUGGCCAAGAAAAAAUGGGAUGAACUUCUGAACAGUGAUCAGUUGAGCAUAGAACUCCACAGUGGGCAUGUGUUUGAUGGAUGGAAGGAGGGGCCAAUUACCUUCCCACCUACUUACAAGUAUGAAAUCAACUCAGACAGAUACGUUGGUGAAAAUCCAAAAGAAGGGGAGAAGAAGAGAUCCCCAGCAUGGUGUGAUCGCAUACUAUGGCUGGGAAAAGGCAUAAAACAGCUUUCUUACCAGCGAGCAGAGAUAAAGCUUUCAGAUCAUCGGCCCAUCAGUUCAGUUUUCCUGGUUGAUGUUGAAGUUUUUGACCACAGGAAGCUCCAAAGGGCUCUUAAUGUCACAACUGCCACAUCCCAUGAUUUUCCUUGAUGAAGAGGGAGAAUUAUAACACUUUAGCAUAUGGCAGGCAGGACAUACAGUUCAAGCAUGGGAAUGCAGGAGUUUUGACAGGUCAUGGAGAUUUCAACCAAAGAAAAGUGUGGUUUCAUGCUUCUGCUGGUCUUUAGCCUGAAGACAGCAUGGAAAUUCCCACAUUUUCAAUACACUAGUCAGUACAUAAUCGUCAACCAAGUGUAACUACUAAUUACUCAGAAUAAGCUUUUUUUCUUUUAACAAAAAUAUCUUUUGAGUUCGAGUGAGAUUUGUGAGAUGAAAUUGUUUCAACACUGAAUAAUGAUUGAAGCUCAUGGCUCAUAGGUGUUGUGAAGGUAUCUGUAGCAGUACAAGUGAACCAUUGUGCUUUUUACUAGAGUACUCUUUUUGAUUAAUCCGAACUAGGGUCUGUAAAUAUAACAUAGUGCAACUCUGUUUUUCUGUUUUUGA